AUGAGAACAGAUUCACUUCGCCUUACCAUCAAAACUGGCAAAGACCGUAUCGCAGGACUGCACGAACACCAGCUUGCAACCAACCCCAAGGACACGUUGUCUCUCGUCUAUGACCAAAUACGUCUGCAAACCCGCGGUGUCGACUUCGAGAAACCGGAAGCGGUCGAUCGAGCCUAUGUUGAGAAGGCCAGGAUGGUGCUUCGGAGUCCGCACUGGAUCAGCACACUUAAGCGGGCACCGGACCUGCAUCCCGCAUACCAGACGUCGCGCAGAAGGCCCGAAUCACGGGCAAGCCUUGUCACGCGGGACCGACGGUUAACGUCCGCUGAGAAAAGUGGGGAACUCCGUCGAAGGUAAUAUGACCAUUGUAGAAAACAACGUCCAUGAAGCAGAAACUAAAACGCUCAAAGAUAGGCCGCUAUAUAGACCACUGGCUGACGAGAAGGAGACAAACAGGCACAUCGACUUGGCUGCGAAACGAACAAAAGUCACGAGAGCCCUCCAAUGGUCGGUCAAGUAGUGACCGAAACCAGCUAACAGCGAACGGAUAGGUUAGACUGCAUGCGUCGAGAAAGGUUAUAACGCGAAGCAGGCGGCGCGGUUAAAUAAAUCAAGGCAGGCAAAACCAACCACUGCAUAAGUCAAAUGAUGGUGACAAGGAAGUUUCCGUAAUGUCAGUAAAUAUUCAAUAACUGUUAGGAACUCGCCUUCUCUUCCUCGUUUCAGUUCGAUCAGUUUACUUGAGGAAAUUUAGGCGUACGGCUUUGUCCUCCCUAUUUCUGAACUCAACCGAAAAGGGGACAUCCAAACACAUACAUAAGGAAUGCCAAACCACUACAGAUAGGUAAACGAUUCUACAUGUUGACGGAACCCGCCAAAGUGUACACAGCCAGUGACUAGUCUCAUGAAAAAUUGCUAUAAAUCUUGAAAUGCGAUUUUGAUUUGGAAAGACUUCUCAAGUUGUAAAUAGAUGUUGAUUAUCAGGAAAUAUAAUAACAAUAAUAAUAAUAAUAGUCUUUAAUGCCAAUUUACGAGCAUUGUCAAGGAAAAAUGAAGCACGGAUCAGGCUUACAGUGAAAAAACUCCUGUGGAAGUAAAUGCAGGUGGUGGUGUUUUUGGACAGUUUGGGUGGCUCGGGGGAAUGAAAAUGUAGCCCGUGAACUUACACCAGCCCAAAUAGGGGAUGGUUAACAUUACAUCGAAUGUUUUCAGUUUCUGUUCCGUUUCAUGGAUUUGGGACUGCACCAAAUAAAGUGCAUGAGGGAACAGUUGCUCGCAGUUGGCCGAAGAAAUUAUAAGUAGUUUUGCAGACCUCAGAGUCAGCCUCAUUUCUAACAAGAUGAUACCGGGCAGAGGGAUCAAACAUCAUGAAAUCCGUCACUACGGAGAACUAAUUCGGUGGAAGCACCCAAAAAUUGUGAGAGUUUUUUGAAUGCAAAAAACGAGCAACAGAUCUCUUAAACAAGGAGUAAUUUUCAGAAUCCUCACAUGCCUGGGUACCUUGUUCCAGAUUGCAAUUUCGUUCUGAGAAAAGGGCCUGCCUUAUCCAACGGUUAUUGCCGAUGGAAGAAAUAAAAAGACCUCACGGUGACGGCUGAGUCGGGAAUGGUCAAGCUGUUUUAUAGUAGUAAGCAGAGUAAAAGUGCGACUGUUCAAAAUUUGCAAAAGUAAAGGCAGUCCCUCUUGUAAUCUCAUGAUCUUUCAUGCUAAAAAGGAUCUUCGCGUUUGAAUGCACCUCCCCGCGACCGGAUGCGAAGACCGCACUCGGAAAAAAUGACUUCUAAAAUAAUGCAAAUUUUUCUUAUUCAUUUCUGGAACCUCCGUAAAUUCAAAUAUAUUUUAUAGAACACGUGCGCAAAGAUAUUCUUUCUUACAUUAAUUUGACAAAAUAGCGCACCUUAAGAUUCUCUUCACGAAGAACGGAUGAUUUUCAGUUUUUGAAACGUUUCUUAUAAUAAGAUUUAUGGGACUGAAAAAUAAGCGUUUAACUUACAUCGUAUCUGUCCGUUUAUAAUUCUUCCUCAUGAAAUGUGCCACUUACUCCAUAUUCAUUGCAAAAUUUGGUGAGCAUCCAUGCAUAAUUUUCCUUUCGCGGAGAGCAUGUAGCUUGGGGAUUGAAAACCCUAAACGUAACUGCAACGGCAGAUAGGGCUAAAAUUGUUCAAGAUGGACAGUGGGCCCACUACAUCGCAAGAUUUGAGUUGCAUAACGCGUCAGAUUGUUUGUAGUAAGAAAUGCAUGCUGGGAGAGUCGACAUAUAUGGCAACGACUACCUUAAUGUCUGAUUUGUGAGAAAGUAAUAUCCCCCGACGACCCGAAGAUAUGGCGUUUAAUAGGAGGGUCAGAUGAUACGCUGAACUUGCAAAAUAACUUAGAUUCACUGCAACAGUAGUGUUAAGAGUAACUCCUUAACGUCAAUUCCACCAAAUGCCGCGUCAUCCGACUACGGUCUAGUUACGGGAAACGAUGAAAUUUGAAUUUCACCAUCUAGUUUGAGGUCACCAACUCGAGUCACUAAACAAGUAAAGGGACCUAGGGGUGUGGACGACGUCCAAUCUCAUGCCUUCAUCUCACUGAGCCAAGAUAGCAAAGAAAGUUAUGGACAUCCUAGGAACGAUAAAGAAACUCCUCCUUUAUCUUGGCGAAGAGCUUUUUAGUCGAGCGUUUUGAACAUUCAUCCAGCCGGUGGUAUAGUGUUGCUUUCAGGCUUGGCGUCGCUCGACGAAGCAAGACUACAUCCUUUUGGAGAACGCACAACCAAGGGUGAGCAAACUAGUCAGCGGACUGAGAUGCCCACUGUUGGGUGUCUACACUCCCAAAAACACGGACCAGCCAAUCACUGUAGGCCAUGUACGUUUCCUCUACAGUGCUGUCAUCUUAAUCGUGGCCCCUCUCCAUGGGCUGCUCUUCUUGAGUCUGAUCGGGCCGCGUAUUCGAAUUAUCGACCAGCUCGUCUGAAAUGUUCCUCCCGAAGGGAAUUGGGCCGAAGGCCGACGAACCGCAGUGAGGUGUUAUAAAUAUGCAUUACUUUCAGUUAUUAUUGACUUCCAGUUUCCUAAUACACUUCUCGUGGUCGGUCGCUUUCCCUUCUCUGCCGUGUUGGUAUUUUGAACAAGGGCGGGUACGCAUACACUCGCACGUGCUUUCAAGUAUCAGGCCAGGUCAUAACACCUACCUCGAUCGUAACAAAUGUGAACUUAUCCGAUUACGAUCGAUCAACAGGAGGCCAAUGAGAUUUUAAUCUCAAUACUUUAUAGGAGGUCACCAAUUCGAAUCAGUUAACGAGUUAAGAGACCUCGGUUUAUGGAUGAUGUCAACUCUUAAACCAUCGUCCCACUACGCCAAGGUAUCAAAGAAACCUAUGGGUAUCCCAGACGCGAUUAGAAGAUCCUUUCUCAAUUUUGACGAAGAACCUUUCAGCCGAGUAUUUUGAGCAUUCAUUCUACCAGUGUUGGAAUAUUGUGUUCAAGAACGGUGUCCCCGGACGAAACAAGAUUACACCCUACUGGAGAACAUACAAUGAACAGCGACCAAGCUGGUCGGCGGAUUAUGUAGCUUACCUUAUUACGUAUGCAUGGAAAAGUUAAAAAUAUUAACGCCGUCUCAUAGACCAUACAGAGUGGUAAUGAUCAUGUCCUUCAGGAUCGUUUGAGGGCUAGGCUGUACUCUUCAGUUUGAGGAUUUCUUCGAACUGGCGCGGACGACAAAUCUUCGAGGUUGGCAAUAGAAAUUGAAGACGAAAUAUGACAAACUCGAAUUACGGGCCAAAUUCUUCUCUAGCCGACUGGUUGAGGGAUGGAACAAAUUGCCGAACUCCGUUGUCUUAGCGGAAAACUUGGAGACCUACAAAAGAAGAUUAGAUAAAUUUAUGCUUGAUGGUCAAACAUUUACAUGAUAUCAAUCACUGGCAUAACUGCUAUGUGAAUUUUUCCAUGUUUUUUUUCAUACGUCUAUCUGUAAAUGGGGUUUUCCAAGCCUCUGUCUUUAUCCCUCAUAUAUGCUGAAUUAUACUGAAUACUGAAUUAUGAGGAACGAAGAGGAAGGCUUAAAAUCAUUCCUUUAUUUUUUAAGCAGAGCAAAAAGGAUAUUUUUAUGGUCUUCAAAUUCGUCACGGGCGAAGACCAUGUAUUCAAAUUAACUGAUUUUUUGAACUUGCGAAAAUAAAAAAUUUCUUGGACCACCAAUAAAGAGUGAAGACAAAGUGCGCAAAACUUGAAGAACGGUCAAACAUCUUCUCCCAUCGGUUGAUAUGAGAAUGGCAAAAACUACCUAAUCCGGUUGUUCUGACGAAAGGGAGGGAAGAUGAAAGUCGAUCAGCAUGAGGCCGACCAACACAGAAUGUAACUGCUAGUUCUAUUAUUCGGAGUUCAUUUUAUACUUUAACAGUAGUGAGCCGACCAAGCUAUCCAAGACAUCAGCAUUCGAAUAAACCGGUCCUGGUGAGCUCACUAAAUUUCUUAGAUUGUUGACCACGAUCUCUCAACUUUGGCAAUCUAAGCGCAUUUUGUGAACCACCAGUACACCACGGAGUGCGCCGUUGGGAGAAAUUUGCCCUAACGACAGCUUCAGUACAGACUAAACGGCAUUUCCCCCACUGUCUUCUAGAUAACCAAUUCGUUCCAAAAUGUAUCACUUACAAACUUGCUGUGAGUUCUGCUCCAGCAAGGGGGAGUCUAUCUCGACCUGGAGAGGGAUGACAAGAGGGCUAUUUCCCGAUUGCUACCAAAGACUGUAGCGCUGCGGUUUAGAGAUCGACCAAUCUCAACCGUAUCUCUGGGCAGUGGCCAGUGAUAAAUUGAAUGAUUUUGAGCAGACCCUUCUCCAGCAUACUCAGAAAGCAAGUGUUAAACGGAAUAAGAAAUUAUUAGCAAAAUUGGCAAAGCUGCAACUACCAAGCUCAGACAACUCCUCCGGGGACUCGUCCAUAACCUUUCCUCAGAACCCCACACCAGCAGAGGACUGGCGGUCUUUGAACGUGGAGCCACCUUCAACACAGCAGAUGCCUCACCAGCAGUGUUCAUUGCAGCCUUCGGAUCAUUUUUAAAAUUAGCAAAGACAUCGGAAAUGUCUGAGGAUUUGAUCCGCCAUCAAAGCUCCUCGUUACUUACACAACCUAGAAGAUGCUAAGCAUUUACAAUGAAGAACAGCGGAUACUAAAAGGCCUGAAAUCAAAGAAAGUCAAUUAUGCUGCCAUCUUAUAAGGGUCGUUUCAUGGUAGUGCUCAACAAAUUUGAUUACCAGAAAGGUGUAAAGGACUUAGUCGAUGACCAGCGUUCUUGCAAAUUAUGCGGCGCUGUUGAAAUGAAAAUAUGGUCUCUCGUAUAAGUAAAAGUCUAAAAAUACCCAUGAAUGAAGGGAAAUUACGCUCAGCGGCUGCUUCCCCAUGAAACCUAUUGACUCAACAACGGCUUGUUCUUGUGAUUUUCCGAAGGUACAUAAGGCAAUUCUACCAUUCGGACCAAUUGUAUUCUUUCUUGGCACUACGACCUACCGUUAGGCAAAAUAGAAAUUCGAUCGUCUUGACUUUUUGGCGGUAGGCUCAUCAAUAACAGUAACAUUUGUGGGUCAAUUGCUUAAGCGUAUAAAUCCCUUGAAAUUACAGCCCGGCGAGACUGUGUUAUCCUUCAAUGCUUUUUCACUUUUCACCUCUAUUCCACAACAUGUAACAGUAGAAGUUGUCAGUAGACUACUGGCUGAACACUAGGAGGAGAGACAGGCCCCUGAAGUCCGAGCCUCUGUUUGAACUUCUACGAUGCUGCCCUAAGGCCUAUUUCAAUUUUGGUAGACAAAUGCACAAACAAACUAGAGGCGACCUUAUGGGCUCCCUCUUAAGCUGAUAAAACUGUCCUUUGGCGGAUAGAAGACUUGGUGUUCAGCAAAUACCAGCCAAAAUUCUGGACUCGUUAUUACGACGACACCUUCGUCGCUGUGUAAAUAACUUAUUCAGAAAUCGUGAUGAAUCCCGGUGACGUGUACACGCAUGUUGCCGAAUGGGCCCAUGAGAUAAGCGAAUGUGUGUGAAGAGUGAGGACAGUACAGUUUUACGUGACGUGUGUAUGUGAAUACUACAGGCGCUGGUGUGCCUUCGUCUGUGCGAUGGAUUCUGAAGCGAUCAACAGGACUAAUUUAUGAUGUGAAAGUUCGCACGCAACGAGGACAGAUUGACACCGAGCCAACAUCUAUAGUUGUGGAGCAGCGAUAGUGUGGGUGUUGGCUGGCGAGUCUUCGAGAUUGUUAUCAUCGAUGCCGGGAGGGCGGAAGUGGACAAAGACUACUGGCGAAGGCGGCGAAGACAAGAAUGGCCAUUCCUGGUUUGUAAGCUCUCAUCAGACAGUCAUAUCCCGCCUCAAGUUUGCUAUUCUCGAAGUUCAGACUCGCGUUCUGUCGGUCAGAAGUCUGGCAAUCUGACAACUGAGCCAUGGACUCGUUGUUCUGUCGGUUGCGAUCGAGUUUAUUAACUGUCAUAGACGGCGUCUCCCGGUCCCUCUAGACAGUUUUUUGUCUAACAGGUCCCUUUUAUUAAAAUGCAGUAACCGUAUGCAGUUUAGAAAUAGGUCGUAAAAUUUGAUGACGUCGGCAGACGUUACUUGUGCGUGUGCAUUAUAAGGUCGAUCGGUACUAGAUAUUUAUCAAAAACUUCAAAAACAAAUCAGUCGGAAAGUGGGUCCGCACUAUUUCUACGUUGAGUGCGACGUCGUGCACGACGUUGUGCUGGUCCAGCUUUCUCUUAUCAGCGCAAAUAUAUGUGAGCAUAACGACACAUGUUGACAGAGAAGUCCGUGCAUCAGCCACCAUUUCGGCAAUGAAGAACUGACGUAUAUCCAGUCCGACCCCGAUCUCACGUAGUAUGAAUGGAUGUUUUCACAGGUUCGUUGUGCCUGUCAACUCGAACAAUUCUCCAAGCGCAAGAAAAGGGUCCUUUCUGCGCACAACUAGGAAUUUGCAUGUUAGGUCAUUACGGUGCUGUCUUUAACUCUAAGAAAUUAAACCGAGACCAGUUGAUUUUAUUUUAUAAGGCAGUGAGCCCUGUGCUCGCACCAGUUUGUUAAAUGUCUGCAGUUUUUUCAAGAAUUUUGAAGUUUCUUGAUACCCAGGGUCCUAAUAAUUGGAUGGCGAACCCCAGCUAUGACCAAACAAAACCUUUAAAAGACAUUGGCGAAGCAGCCAUAACUGAAGGCCGAAAAAGCCCUUUUGACAGGGCAUCAGGCUGGUACUGCAAGCUUAGUUACCUUUGGGUAAUGUGGCGAUGAUUUAAUCUUUGUCCACACAUCCAGAUUCAUCUUGGCAUCGACGUCUUACGAUGGCAUAUCGUUCAGACGACGGACCCUAGGGUUUGAAAAGCUGGUUCCCUCGAGUCGUUGAAUGUUUUGCUUUUUCACAUUAAACGACAAGUGUCACUGACUCGUCCAGUGGUCAAGCGGGUCUACAUUUGAGCGCAAAUGCUCUUCGUCGGCGUGAUGUCAUUAGCAAACUUAGUGGCAUCACAAUCCAUUUCAUCAAAUCUCGUUAAAAUAUAUAAUUAAUGGUGCAGGACCAAAAACGAAGCCUUGUGAAACACAGCGCCUCCACCAAGCGUUUAUCACUGAUAGGGACAUCUUGAAAGCAGCCGAUUAAGAGCGUUCUGAUUCACUUCAAAGGAUUAUUCUUAACGCCCAUCAGGCAAAGUUUCUGCGGAAGACACUGUUGCACUAAAAUAUCGAAUGCCUUCUCAAAGUAUUCAUCGACAAAUUAUACCGCACUUCCUUCGCCAGAAUCCUGAUUGCAGAGAUCUAUAAAGGAGAGAGUUUGUUGCUCAAUACGUCCACCUACCGAAUCGGCACUGGGUAUUGGGUAGGUGAAUAUCCUGCUCCUAGAACAGUACUUGCGUUCACUUUAUUAUUUUUCACACAAUUUUGUAGUUGAUCGAAGUGCAUCUGAUUGGUUUGUUACUGGUAGCGGAGGUCUUGCCGCCGCCUUGAUAUAGCUGUGUGGUCCGGGAACAUUUACAGUCAGCGACAAAAGUCCGUAUUCGCAAGAGGCUUGGAAGUACAUGAAGUAUGGUCCGGCUAGUUUUCUCGCAAACUGUUCAGCAGUUUCGUCCAUGUGUCAUCAGUGCCCGUCAAUGUAUACUUUAAAUAUUGGUUAGAUGAAAGAUGCAGGCCCAGUCCUUAGGCAUUUCGGCGAGUCGCAAAGAGGGACUUACGAAUUAUGGAAAAUGUUCUGAUUAUUCACCACCGGUCUGAACUAUUUAGGCUGAAAAGAAGCGAACAGAAACGUUUAACAAAAAGAUGAAAUCCGAAAUAGAAUCGGGUGCUAGAAGUUCAUUGUCGGUUCAUAAAGGCCAACGGAGCUUCAAAUAAUUCUCGAUCGAUCGGAUGAUUCCGCUCAGUUCCAGCAGAGGCUUAGUUUCAUAGCAUAAAAUUAUAGUCAUAAGGGGGGUCCCAGAAUUAACAUCCAUAACCCCCCCUCCCCCGGUCGUAGUAGAUAAUAAAGUAAGACUAAUUGAAGAAUACUCUGAAACCUAAUAAAAGAACAGUUAGUCCCAUAUCUUGGCCCGAGCAGAUGUCACGUGCAAGCUCAGCUAAUGUCUGGUCCUUAGUAGCUGUCAGUUUUGACAAAGGUCGCUCUGCCAACGAGACUCAAGCAAACAUACAGCCAAAACGAGUGUCAUCCCCGCGAAGCAUGAAUUUGUAUGCUUUUUCAGCCGAACUUCUGGCCAAAAAUCAAUUGACAUUAGGAAUUUGAUAAAAAAUUGAAGAAACAAAGGAUCAUAAGUGAAAAUCUUCCCAAAACGACAGACGGAAAACUUGCACAAGUUACUCCGAAAUCAAUUGAUCGAGGGCAUUUACACAAGCAGUUUACCGACUUUUCGGAUUCCUGCUCGAACCCAUCAUCAGAGAAAAACGCAGAUACAGACUGUCAAAAGAAUAGGGGACGUUCACCGGGAGGGGUUUAUUUGAGAUCCGACGUUUCAGGUAGUUUAUUCGUCUACACAUCUUCAUGGGAAAGAUGAAGAUGGGUAGACGAAUAAACUACCUGAAACGUCGGAUCUCAAAUAAACCCCUCCCGGUGAGCGUCCCCUCUUCUUUUGAUAUGCCACCUGGGAAUCGCAUUUUCACUAUUAUAGAUACAGACUGUACAUAUGUAGGAUAUCGGACCUAAACCAAGCUGCACGGAUGCCCCAGUGUCAAUCUACUAUCAUAUAUGUAAAAAUACCUUUCGCAAUUCCCAUUUGUCUUGGUAAAUAGUCUCUGGAAAAAAAAACCACAUAAAACUGAUUGGCGGAAACUUGACUGGCAAUGGAAAUAUAAAACACGGAAGUCACCACCCCGGCUAUCUAAUGUCUAGCCCUGAGGGAUGGGCCUAGCUAGGACGGAGAGGGACAUAGCCCAUUUCGAGGGACCUUAAUCAUCUAUGUUCAACACGAGUAAUUCAAUAUACUGAAUGCUUUUUCUAACAGUGUAAGUACGUUCCUAGCAUAGGUCAAAUUGUAUAAGUAAUCACCUUACUGACCUGCAUUUGGUUAUUUAUUUCCGGCGGGCUGGGAGAAGCAGAAUUAUCCGUCGGAUUCGGAGCCAUUUGUCUACCAUCUGCACAGUGGCCUGUUGUUUGAACUGGUGGCGUAUCGGCGCCAGCUACAGUUACGCAAGCCCCACGUUGUGAUGGCCGGACCUUCUGCUACUCCCGGAAGAAAGUCUGAGUCUGCUCGUCAGACCGCCAGCACUGCUACAACGAAAAAAACUGUAUGCCUUUUUUAAAACUUUUAUCCCCUUCAGAAAGCUAUCGACUCGAUUAACAGCCGUUUGGCGCUCGUCUUCAAGAGUGGCAAAGCAGCCAUAGGUUAUCGUCACACCCUGCGAACGCUUCGUCGCGGGGGCUCGAAACUUAUAAUAAUUGCCAAUAACACACCACCGCUUCGGUAUGUAAAAUCAAGAUUUCGGAGCGUUUUGCUGAGAUGAAAUCUUAACUGUCUUUCUAAGAUCUCCGGACUAUUUCUUCCCGCUACAGCUGUCUACCUUGAAAUUUCAGAAAAGCUGAAAUCGAAUACUAUGCAAUGCUGUCCAAAACUGGCGUUCACCACUACAAUGGUACUAACCGAGACUUGGGGACCGCUUGUGGGAAAUACUUUCGUGUCAGCACCCUCGCCAUCGAAGAUCCUGGUGACUCGGACAUCAUUAGGUCUAUGCCAACUGACGCGUGA